AGCAAGGCAGAGUAGCAGCCGAGUCGCCGAGAAGCUUGUCAGGGCACGCAAAAAUAGGAUGCUGUGAUUGGUAGCCUCGCUUUGAGGUGAUGAUGAUGACAUCAUGCAUCAAAACAGAUUCCAAUACUUAUAUUCACACAUGUACAGCAGGCGCGAAAACGUGUAGACUUCAGCUUCGAAGCAAUAGAGAUAUAAUUAUACAAGACACACAGCGUGACGAUUUCAAAUGGAAUAUGGAUUUCAAUAACCAAGACCCGAUGGAUGAUGAGCCGACGUUUCCUGUGCCCGAGGUUAAUGGGAGGAAGAGACCCCACAGUGGAAGUUUUGGGCCGUUCAGUACCAGUACCCCUCGAUCUCAGAAAAGGGAUAGCGGAUAUCUCACUGACACUUCACCAGCGUCUUAUUCUGGGCACCAGCAGUUUACGUUUGAAGUCGCCACGAGAGGACGGUUACAACCGGGGAGUUUACGUGGCGCGGUUGGGGGAUCGGAGUCGGACACCGCAGAGGGGUGUUCCCCAUUUGAACCAAUUCUUUUGGAGAACGAGGACGAAGACAAUGACUCAGCUUUUCGCGAUAGCCCGUUUUCACCUGGCCCAGAGGAAUCGGAAUUAACCGAAGAAGACAAUUCAUCUGUGCAAAUAUAUAGACCUCGUUCCGAUGCUUUCAGACAUGUAGACCCAGCUCCACCCGUCCAAGGGAGGGUGGUGCCGUUUUCAAUGCCUAUUCCUAUGAGAAUGCUUGGGUCUCACGGAAGGACGGUCGGAACCCAGACUCCCCAUGAACAUUGUCGUCUGCUCAUUCAGUAUCUGGAAACACCCCUGCCAUUGAGUGCCCGAGGUCCAGUUCACAGGCGACAGCGACACUAUUCAGAGGGGGAGGACCCUCAGGAGGCUGAAUCUGACAAUGCCCCACUGCCAGACAUUGUCCCCAUCCCCCGGGAUCGCUCAGUGUCCCUCCCUGACGUCCAAGCGCUCAGACAGCAACGUGAAAUUGAAAUGGGGAGAGAACUCCGAAGGAUCAGUGACGAGUUUAACACAACCCACGGAUCAAGGAGGCGACUGUAUCCGGUGGCCGAGAAUUUCGAAGGCGAGGCUGCCUCUUUCCCUGGAGCAAGGCCGGCGUACAUGAGCGUAUGGACGAGUUUACGGAGCCUCUUUUUCGGAUCUAUGGAAACGAGGACAGACACGGAAGAUCCGUCUGGACCCAGUUGAGGUCGGAGCAAUCUUGUUUGAAACCGGGAUUGUCCGGAACUUUGUGAAAGGGGUGCUAUGCAAUGACUAUUGAAAUGGACUAUUUUUGUAUGGAACUUUUUUGACGAUUUACAAUGGAGUACCUUUCGCGGUUUCCCGAGGCGCUGUCACAGAUCUCAUACACCGGAAGUGUGCCCUUACGUCAUCACCGGAAAUGGGUACCAUGUGGCUCCGCCAUUGAUGUACAUAGUGCCGAAAGUGUUCGAUUCAUCACCAUCGUUACCAUUUUGUUGUUGAAUACGUUUGGACUUUGAAAAAGACAUGAUUUGGCAGUUGACGCACGCACAGGACUCGGCAUGUUUAAAAGUUUUGUAUUUUUGGACACAUGUUCAAGAUUUUGGUUUCAUUUUAAGACAUAUCUUUCUCAUCCCAUUAACCGUUGUGGGCAUUAAAAUAAGAGACGAAGCAUUAUAUUCAUGUAGAUUUGUAAUUCGGACGUUUCCAAAUCGGUCAACUCAUCCGUAUUUUCAUGUAAACAUUUGGAAUCUGAUCAUACGAAAUCAUAUCAUCAGCGAAUGAGUGCUAGCUAGAAAAACUAUAUUUUAAAAUUCUAGUCAAAAGGUAUGGCUUCCAGUGGUAUUAUUGAGAUUGUCGGCAUAAUAUUGUUUAUGUUGAGAGGACCAGCUAUUUCUUUCAUAACACAUCGUCAUUAAGGUUUUCCUUGUAGAACAGGGGAACAGUUUGGACAGGUUUGUCUGUGUGGGAUAACCUUAGAACGAGUUUCAUGCUGAUACCAAUUUACCCAGCGACGGUGCAAUGAAUCUUGGCUCACGAGUUUGAUUUUGUCAUACAAAUGCUUAUCAAUCCAUAUUUGGUUAUCUGUUAUGUUUUAUUCAUCAACAUCAAUGAGUGCUCAUCUAGUCUCAAACCAAGCCUUACAUUAAGACUUCUUUCACAUGGAACCAGACUGGAAACUUGUCAAGAGGAUAAUUUUUUGCAUUUGAUCUUUGUGCAGACAGUAGCCUUAUCUAUUUCAUCAAAUGCAACGUCCGCUACGGCUCAACAAAA